CACUUUUCAGCUCUUUGGUUUUUAAUGAGCUCUGACUUUUGUACCAUAUUUCCUGUAAAGCUACAUCUGCAAUAAAAAUUUAAUAGAAAUCAUAACUAUUUCAUUUUCCAAAGCAUUACAGGCAAAAACUAAUAUAGAAAUAUACGUUAGAAAAUGUUUUUGUAACUUAUCCACUGACCACUACAUAUCAGCUAUCUGCUUGAUCAGAUUCAAUGGCUGGUUUUGGAGAUUACAGUAAUUAUAACAGACCGUACGGUUUGGAUCCCAAUAGAGAAACGAAUGAUCUCUAUGAUACUCGUUACCAGCAGAUAUAUGGAUAUCACACUCCAUUAAAUGAGGAGUAUCAAGGACCGCCUUUAGUAAUGGAUGAUGUUUCAGAAGAAGAAAAUAAUGCAUAUGUGACAACAGCAAUAAGUGUAGCCAGCUUAGUAACUGAGAAUUUAUUGAGUCAUCCAUUUAUAGUAUUGAGAAGGCAAUGUCAGGUCCACAAUUCUCUGAGGAAUUACCACAUUGUUCCCUACACAUUAUUGCCUGUGGUAGCAAGGCUGCAUAGGCGGCAGGAUGUGACCACUCUAUGGAAAGGCAUUGGUUCCACAUGUAUAGUUAAGGGCCUCAAUUUAGCUGUUGAAGAUGUUCUAUCAAAGGGAACUGGUUGGCCAAAAGAGAUUAGUAAAUGCAAUUCUGUUCUCCAGUUUCUUCAGCACAUGACAUUAAAAUGUGUAAGUUUGGCUGUGAUAACCCCAUUUUACUCUGCAAGUUUAGUGGAGACAGUGCAGAGUGAUAUAGCAAGUGAUAAGCCGGCUAUAUUUGAUGUCUUUAGAGAGGGUUUCAUGCGUAUAUUGGAAUGGGGCACACCGAGUAGGGGCAGGAUGCUGCCUAUAUGGGCAAUAGUGUUGCCUACAGCAGCCUUUGGGCUUACAAAAUAUUUUGCUCACAUAACUUUAAAAAGCAUUACUGUGAGAAUAUUACAAUUCCAACAAAGACAUAAGCAUGAAUUGAGUGCUUCGUAUGACAUGAAUCAUCCCAAAAGUCUCCCCAAUCCCUUAAUAGAGGAUUUGAAAUUAAAGGCUAACAUAUUCUCUUUUAUUGCAAUGGAAAUAAUAUUCUAUCCUGUUGAGACAAUAAUACAUAGGCUUCAUAUACAGGGUACAAGAACAAUUAUUGACAAUUUGGACACGGGCACAUCAGUUACACCAAUUUUAACUGGAUAUGAAGGUUUUAUGGAUUGUUACAACACAACAAUAGCCAAAGAGGGGAUAGGGGGACUGUACAAAGGCUUUGGAGCCCUUGUGUUACAGCUGGCUGCACAUCUGGCUAUAAUUAAGUUCACCACAUUUGUAGUCGCAGAAAUGUCAAAUCUUUUAAAACCCGCUAACACUCCUACCAGUUCUGAUGAAUCAGUUCAUUCUCAACAAAAAUACUUAUUCAAUUAGAAAUUUUAAAUCAACAUUUGUUAAAUUAUUUUAUUUAGCAGUCUCUCUUGGAGGACUUAUUGUUAUUUUUAUAAAUUAUAUUUAUUUAGAUUCUUUCUUUAUGUCAAAUAUUGUAUUCAGUGCAAAUGUUUACAUAAAUUAUACUAGGUAAUUGCUGGGAUUUGAUUUUUUAUCUAGUUAUCAGACCUAUAGAAUACAUUCCUUAUUAUUUAUAAAAUAUAGUAUUUAUUUUUCAUUUUAUUUAAUUUAAUGAUUCAUGAUACCUUUUUAUCCAGUGAAAUUUUAUCUUAUAAAACCAAAAAUCAUCUCAAUUGGAGGCUGUUUAUAAUAGUACAAACAAUAAGACAUAAGUGGCAAUGUUUAGUAUUGGUUGUUUGAACAAGUAGUUAGAUUUGAGAUCAUUAUGAAACUGCUAAUUGUCUUGAAAAUGAUUGCAUGUGUAAUCAUUUUUAUCUUUAAUAUUUUUUGUACACAUUUAGGCAUGUAAGAGGAACGAAAAUAAUAAUUGAACAUAAAUAAAAUAAUUAAAUCAU